AUGAUUUGUGAAUCAAAUCCUUUGAAUGAUUUUCAAGACGAAGACGAAUCUGUACAACAACACAACCAACAUCUACAUCCGCUGCACACCCUAACCUAUGCCAGUUUCCCCAAUGAAAUUACCCUAAAUACGAUUGAUUUGGAACAGGUACCAAUUGAGGAACUCAUCGAGGAGGAUAUGAAUGAAUUUAUCGAGGUGAUAGAGGAGAACAAGCAACAACAACAGGAACGCGUAGAGGAGGACGGAGAUAAAUUUAGCCGCUGCUUUUAUAAAUUCCAAGAGGAACAACAGCAGCAAGAACAAGAACAACAACAACUACACCACCAGGAAUUAAGUGAUAUUCUGCUAAGAGAUGAUGAUGAUUUUCUGGUAGAAACAACAAAAGAAAUUAUAACGACAACAGAAGUGGAAAGAGACGUUGAAGAGGACCACGAAAACUACCAACCAGCCUCGGCCGCCGCCGAAGAGGAAGAACUUGACGAAGUUGAGGUAUUUUUAAGCCACCAUAUAGGGCAAGAAACAGAUCAUAAGGAAACAGUAACAGAAAUACAAACAACAACAACAACGACCUCUGCAUUGAAACAGCAACAGAAACGUAAAGGCAAAACGUCGACAGCGACGUCAACGCCAAAUAUUACUCAUGCAAAAUUGACUACAACAAAGGCAAGCAGUGCUUCGGCCAGUCCUUUGAGUAGCAGCAACAGCAGCUUUGCCGGGGAUGAUAACAACGGUCUAAGUCCGAGCAGCAAUAAUACAAUUAAUAUCAAUUUUGAAAAUAAUUUAAAUAUUUUGAACGCAGAGGAAUUUCUGAAUCUAAACUCCACAACAACAACAAUGAAUAACAACAACAACAGCUUUAAAAUGGAACAGCAACAAAACUCCACAACAACAAAUAUGCAGCAUUUACAACAGCAAUCACCACAGCAACAGGAGCAUGUUAUUUUCGGCUCGCAGAGAGUUAAUCUGAACUCAAGUACCCCAUAUUCGGAUGCCACCAGGACCAAAAAACACUCCCCCGGCCACAUCAAACGACCCAUGAACGCCUUUAUGGUCUGGAGCCAAAUGGAACGUCGCAAAAUCUGCGAAAAGACCCCCGAUCUCCAUAAUGCCGAAAUUUCCAAAGAAUUAGGACGCCGCUGGCAACUCCUGAGCAAGGAGGAGAAACAACCCUAUAUCAUGGAGGCUGAGAAGUUACGCAAAUUGCAUAUGAUUGAAUAUCCCAAUUAUAAAUAUAGGCCACAAAAGAAAUUGGCCCGUGCCAAUUCAUCAUCAUCCUCAGGUAAACCAAAUGGUGGGGGUCAGGAGGAGGGUGGGGAAUUAAAUUCCUCUUCCUCUUCGACAGCCUCGCAAAAAAGUCAACAAAGCAAUAACUCCAGCUCAAACUGUAAAUCCUUGAAUAUGAGCACCACCACCGAUUAUGAGGACGAUGAUGACAUGCUAAUGGGCAGCAGCACACCCUCUUCGAUCCAUAAUGCCAACACUCCCACCACCAGCCAUCAUUUGGACAUAGGCAGUAGCUAUUUAAAUGCCACCAGCGGAGGUGAUUACCAGCUACACACCACCGCCACCUCAUCCUAUUUCCCCAGCAAUGCCUCGGAUGAUUUAAAUUCCAGUGGCCUACAAAGAUUACCCACCCUCCAGCCGGGCCUAACCACGGGCACUCUGCACUUUAAGACCGACGAUGAUGAUGAUGAUGCGGACGUUAAUUUUCCCAAAUUUAUUGCCGAUUUAGAUGAUAGCGAUUCUUGCGAUUUACAGAAUUCCUAUCAGCAUCACCAUGGCAUUGUCAACAAUGAUGCCAAUUUACAUCCUGCCAGUCAACAGCAACACCAAUCAGCAAAUCUUGAUUCUCUGCAGUAUUCCGAUAUGAAAUUUGCCAAUUUCUAUUGCAAUGAUUUGGCCAGUGCCAACAACAACAACACAUCAAUGAACUGUGAUUUAAUAAGGCUGGAGGAGGAGGGGCAGCAGCAACAACAACAAUCGUUGUUUAAUUUAACACCCCAACGCACCGUUACCAUGAACAUUGAAAUACUCAAUGGCCAUAACAGCAGCAGCAGCAACAACAACAUUAAAAAUGAAAACGUCACAUUCCAUCUGGACAACAACAACCACCAACAACACCAGCACCACCACCCCCACAACACAGCUGCUUUCAUCUCCAACAACUCAACAACAACAUCGAUCUCUACCCCACCAUCCAUUAUCAUACCCUCGUGCGGAACCGAUGAUUGCUGCAACAACGCCAACGUCAUGCUUAACGGUGGCUCACCCCACUCCCCCCAACUGGUGGGCAUUUGCGGUCAUUCACCCUCACUCGUCAAUACCUCGGUGGUGGAGGCCAGCAUCUGUUCAUUUAAUCCGGAUCACUGUGAUACCAGCGUAUCUCUGGAAACCCUAACAACCGCGACCAAUGAUCUCAGCAGUUAUUUAAAUGUUGUCGAUGCGAAUAAUCAUCAUCAUCAUCGAUCGCUGUUCGAUUUUACUCACGAUGAUUUGCCGCCAUCACAAUCGAUCAACAGCCAUUUAGAGUUUACACAUCCCAACACCCAGCAAUCGUGGACACUGUAA